UCACGCCUGGUGGCCGCGGGAAGGUGCCCUCAGCAUGGCGGUGGUGCGGGCGGCGGCGCGGCGGAGGCCGGGGCUCGGCCCCGCAGGGCUCAGGGCGUUCUGGGGCGGCCGCAGCUUGAAGGAGGAAGGAGAAAUGGAAGCAGACGGAGCAGUCCCUGAGAAGGAGGAGAGGAGCGAGCCCAGCCUGAUCUGCCCCCAGCCACGCAGCCGGGGUUACCUCCCUCCCGAGAACCUGCAGAGCUGCCUCGAGUCCCACGUCAGGGAGGUCUUUGGGCCCUCUCUUCCAGAGGACUGGCAGAAGGCUCCUCUGCAGGAGAACAGGCUGAAGUAUCACCUGCUGGCCCGGCUGGCAGCAGAGCUGGGACACGCUGUCCCCAACUCCCAACUGCACUGGAUGCGCUGCGCUGGGGAUGUGCUGAGUUUCUAUCGCACCCCUGUGAAGGACGGGACCAAGAUCGAUGAACUCGUGGCCGCAGAGCUGCCUUCGAACCUGAAAAUCAUCUGGCAGCAGUGAGUCCCCCCGUGGACCAUCCCUGUGCCUGUGCUCGUGCUCUGGGCUUGUGCUGCAGUGCAGCAGCAGAGCCCUCUUUUGGGGGUGUGAUCUGUGAAUUUCACUAAUAAAUGUUCACUGAGCUGUG